AUGAUUAAAAACUUUUUAUCAUUAUUUUUGUUUGUUCUAAUAUUUGAAAAACUUGUAGAGUGCAUAAAAAAUAGAAACAUACAUUAUUUACACAUGCAUAAUAAUGUUAAUAAAAAUAACUUUAAUGAAAAAGAUACUAGAGAAAUAUGCUAUAGUAUAAAGGGAAACCAUAAUAUUCUCCAUGUAAACAAUAGAAAUAGACAAAUUCCAUUAUUUGUAUCAAAAGGAACUAAAAUAUUUCAUUCUUUUUUUAAAAACAAUAGAUCUAAAUAUUUAGAUACUCCAAAGAAUGAUUCUAAAAAUACAUCAUUUUCCUUAAAUUUUCAUAAUUUUUCUGAAAAUUUUGAUAAAACAUCAAACAAUAAAAAAGGAAAUACUCAAAACAUUUUUAGUGAACAUUAUUUAUCUAAAAGUGGAAAUAAUACAUAUACCAAGAAAAAUGAACUUAAUAAGGUUUUUUUAAAUAUAACAUCUAAUGAUAAUGAAGUUCAAAAUAGUGUUAAUGAAAAUUAUUCUGUUGAUGCAAAUGAUUACAAUUAUGAAUAUUUGAGUGAAAAUAACAAAAGUAAAUAUUACUUAGAACAUUCGUCAGAUAAUAAUUUAAGUUAUAAUAAUAAGGAAAAAAAUAAUGUUUUACAGAAUUUAAAUAAAGAUAAUUUAAUGGAUUCUUAUUUUAGUAAGUCAAAAAGUGAUAUAUUAUUUGAUAAUUCAGAUAACAUUUUAUUAAAUAAAGGAUUAAUAAACAAAAUGAAUUUAAAGAAAAAGAAGAAAAAUUUAAAUAAAUUAUUUUAUAGUUUUAAAAUUUCUAAUAAUUUUUUACUAUUAAAAAAGAAAAAUAAAAUUAAUAGUGACAAUAUUCAUUAUAACAAUAAUAGUGAAUAUAGAACUUAUUCAAAAGGCGUAAAUAGAGACGAUUUAACUAAUGAAUAUAUAUUAGAAGAAAACAUAUGUAAUAAAGAAAAUAAAAUAUUAGAUAAAUCUACAAAUAAUAAUGAUAAUAUCGGUGUGUUAGAAAAUAAUUCCGAUUUUUUAACUUACGAAGAAAAAAACAGAAUAAAAAAAAAGGCGUAUGAAGAAUAUAUAAAUUAUGUAAAUGAAAGAAGAUAUCCGUAUUUUAAUUUUUUAAAAAAUAAGAAUGAUAAAAUUAUAAAAAAAUUACUAAUUGCAAACAAUGGAAUGGCAGCAUUAAAAUGUAUUUUAUCUUUGAAAGAAUGGUUAUUUAAAAACUUUUAUGAUGAAAAUUUAAUCAAAAUUAUAGUAUUAGCUACAGAAGAUGAUAUUAAAAGUAAUACAAAAUAUAUAUCUUUAUCUGAUAAAGUAAUAAAAGUUCCUCCAGGAAAAAAUAUUAAUAAUUAUGCUAAUGUUCCUCUAAUAGUAGAUAUUGCAAAAAAAGAAAAUGUAGAUGCUGUUUGGCCAGGAUGGGGUCACUGUUCAGAAAAUCCUUUACUUUCCACUUUAUUAGAAAAAGAAAAUAUAAUAUUUAUUGGUCCUACUGGAAGAGUUAUGGAAGCAUUAGGAGAUAAAAUAUCUGCAAAUAUUUUAGCUCAAAGUGUGAAUGUGCCUGUUGUAAAAUGGAGUGGUGAUGAUAUUAAAAUAAAAGAUUUUGAGAAUAACAUUAGUGAAGAUAUAUAUAAUGAAGCUACAAUUCAUUCUUUAGAAGAAUGUAUAAAUGAAUGUAAAAGAAUUGGGUUUCCAGUUAUGAUAAAAGCAUCACAAGGAGGUGGAGGUAAAGGUAUUAGAAAGGUAGAAAAUGAAAAUGAAGUUAAAAAGGCAUAUGAACAAGUGCAAAAUGAAUUGCCAAACUCUCCAAUAUUUUUAAUGAAAGUAUGCAAUAAUGUUAGGCAUAUAGAAAUACAAGUAGUAGGGGAUAUGUAUGGUAAUGUUUGCUCAUUAAGUGGUAGAGAUUGUACUACUCAAAGAAGAUUUCAGAAAAUUUUUGAAGAGGGACCCCCUUUAAUUGUUCCACCUGAUAUUUUUAGAGAAAUGGAAAAAUCUUCAAUACGAUUAACAAAAAUGAUUAAGUAUAGAGGUGCAGGAACAGUGGAAUAUUUGUAUGAUCAAAUAAAACAGAAAUACUAUUUUUUGGAAUUAAAUCCACGUUUACAAGUAGAACAUCCAGUAUCAGAAGGAAUAACAAACAGCAAUCUCAUUGCUAUUCAACUUCAAGUAGCUAUGGGAAUUCCUCUUCAAAAUAUAGAUGAUAUUAAAAAAUUAUACAGAAUUGAAGAAAUAACCAACAAAAAUUUAUCUCACAUAAAAAAGGAAGGAAAAAAUGGAUUUAAGGAAACUCAUGAAAAAUAUAUGUUAAAUAAUAAUUCUAAUGUUUCUAAUAUAUCUAAUUUUUCUAAUAUUUCUAACAUAUCUACUAAUAUGCAUACAUUAAAAACAAAGAAUUUAAAGGAUAUUGAAAUUUUUGAUUUUUAUAAUAAUAGACCUUAUGUAAAUAAUUAUGUGAUAUCAGCAAGAAUUACGGCUGAAAAUAGUAAUGAUAGUUUCAAACCAACUUCAGGAAAGGUAAAAAGAAUAAAUUUUCAGAAUUCAAAUGAUGUAUGGGGUUACUUUUCUAUAAAUGAUGGGUUCGUUCACGAGUUUUCAGAUUCUCAAAUUGGACAUAUUUUUGCAAAAGGAGAGACUAGAGAAAUUGCUAGAAGAAAUUUGAUUUUAUCAUUAAGAAAAUUAAAUAUAGAUGGAGAAAUUAAAACAGUUACAAAAUAUUUAGCGAAAAUUUUAGAAUCGAAAGCUUUUAUCGAUAAUAAUAUAACAACGAAUUGGCUGGACACUAUUAUAAAAGAAAAAAAAAAUAUUUAUUACAAUACUUAUCAUAUAAUAAUAUUAUGUGCUACAAUUUUUAAGUUGAUUUGUUAUUUCAUGAGUGAAAAAGAAAAGGUUGAAGAUAAUUUAAAUAGAGAUGAUAUAGGUAUAAAAUCAGAAAAUGAUAAUGCAUCUGAUUUAAAAAAAAAAGUGAAAAAUGCAUAUAUUUUUGAUAUGGUAUUUGAAAAUAUGAAAUACUGUUUUAAGGGAUUUAACAUUGGUGAAAAUUUAUAUAAACUUGAAAUUAAUGGUCAACAAAUAGAAGUAAUGGCAGAAUAUGAUAAAGAAAAUAAUAAAAUAUUUGCAAGUUUUCAUAAUCAAACAUAUAUAUACACUUGUUCAGAAGAUAGUUUAGGUAUACAUAUGAAUUUAGAAAAAGAUAAUAUAUUUAUUCCGAAAAUUAGUAAUCCAUUUCAUUUAAUAUCCAAUACUAAUGGAAAGAUAGUGAAAUAUUUAAUAAAUGAUGGAGAUGAAGUAAAAAAGAAUGAAGACUAUAUUGAAGUUGAAGCAAUGAAAAUGAUUAUGACUUUUAAAUCAACAGAAACUGGAAUUUUAAAACAUAAAAAAUCUGAAGGAAGUAUAAUUAAAAUAGGUGAUUUAUUGGGAGUAAUAGAAAAAGGAGAAAAUUCUAAAUUAGAAGAGGAGAAUAAAAUUGAACUUUUCAAUGGCCAAUUAGAUUUAUCAAAUAAAUAUGCAUAUGAAUUAAAAGACCCAGUAUUUUCCUCAAGUAUAGAAUUUAAUGAUGAAAAUAAUAAUGAAAAUAAUAAUGAUAAUAUUAAUAGGGAUACUUCCUUUAGACAGAUGGAAACUUUAAAAUUAAACGAAGAAGAAAAUAAUACAUCUUUAAAUGAAGAAAGAAAUAUAGGAGGAAAUAUAUCAAAUAAUGUUGGAAACUUAUAUAAAACAUUAACAAAAGAAGAUACAAUAUAUGUAGAAGGAAAAAAAAAUUCUUAUGAUGUAAUUUAUGAAGAAGAAGAGAUGUCACCUGGAGAAAAUAAAAAGAAAAGAUUAUUUUUAAAGCAUAAAAAGAAAAUAUUUCGUUUAUUUUCUCAUAAAAAUCAUAAUGAAAAAAAAAUAAUGCCAAUAAACUAUUUAAAUAAUAAAUUGAAUUGUAUGAAAACAUACUUAACCAAUUUUAAUGCACCUAAUACUAAUUCAUUACCUAAUAAUAAUACACUUAAUGAUAACUCUACUAUUAGUGACUUAAUAAAUAUUUCUACAAAUUAUAAUUCUAUUAAUAGUGAUUCCUUGAAUAAUUGGGUUAGCAAUAAUUCAAUAGAAAGUGACUUGACGAAUAACUUAACUAAUUUAAACUUAACUAAUGAUAAUUUAUCAAAUAACAAUGUAACAAAUGAUAAUUUAUCAUUUGAUAAUACAACUAGUAAUAACAUAACUAAUAAUAACACGUCAUAUGAAAUUGUUUCUACUAGGAAUACAUCAAAUGAAAAAUUAUCAAAUAAUGAAAUAUCAAAUAAUGAAACAUCAAACAACACAACAAAUAAUAAUUCAUCAAAUGAAAAUAUAACAAACAAUAAUACAACAAAUAAUGAAACAUCAAACAAUACAACAAAUAAUAAUUCAUCAAACAAUACAACAAAUAAUAAUUCAUCAAACAAUACAACAAAUAAUAAUUCAUCAAAUGAUAACUCAUCAAAUGGUUGCAAAAUGAAUAAUAAUGAAACACCUGAUAAUAUACCAAAAAAUAACAAUUUUUUAUUAGAUAUACCUAAUAUGAAAAGAAUAGAAUAUUUGUUAAAAGGUUAUGAACAAAAUUACGAAGAAUGUUUUAAAAAAUUACUAGAGGAGGAUGGUUUUUUUAAUAACGUUAAUUACAUAUUAGAUAAAUUUAUAGAAUAUAAUAAUUUAUUCUCUAAAAAAGAAAGUAUAACAGAAGUAGAAAUAUAUGAUAUUUUAUAUAAUAGCAUAAGUGAUAAAAAAAAACAGUAUGAAAUUAUUCAUGCAUAUACAUACAAUUAUUUAAGUAUACAAUUUGUAGAAAAAAUAUUAUCAUAUUUAAUAAAAAAUAGAGAAACUGUAUUACCAUCAUAUAUUUUAGAUAAAAUUAAAGUAUUAGAAACAUUCAAAGGAAAGAUAUUUGGAAAUAUAGUUUUAUUAUCAAGAUUAAUAAUAUAUUUAUAUAAGCACUAUGAACUUAAUGAAUACUUUAAAAGCAUAUUAAAUUAUAAUACAAUUGAGGAGAACAAAAAAAAUGAGUUGAAUAUUUAUAUGAAGAAUAAUAAUAUAAAUUAUUCUAAAAUUGAAGAGUUAAUUAAUAGUAACAAUUAUGAAAAAAUAAUAGAAAUAUUUUUAAAAGAUUCUAGCAAUAUUCACAUGUUUGUUCCUUCGUUAUUCAACUCUCAAAAUAAUUACAUAUUUUUAGAGAUUUAUUUAAAAAAUUUAUAUAAAUAUUUUGAUAUUAAAACUGUUUGGGUUUCUAACAAUCUCUUGAAAUUUUCAAUAAAUAAUUCAGAAUUUGAUAAUAUUUUGAUUUUAAAUGAAAAAGACACAAUAGAUAUAAAUAAUAUAUUAAAGGAAGAAUUAAAAACAGAUACACAUUUAAAUAAUAUACACAUUAUAAAUAAAAAUGAUAAUUUUUUUAGUUCUAUUGAAAAUAAUUUGGAUGCUCUUUUGAAAGAAUGUAAUAAUUUAUACGUAUAUAAUUAUUCCAUGAAUAAUUACGGCGAUAUAUAUGAAUGGAAAGGAAAAGAAUCAGAGAAUUUAACAAAUACUGAAAAUGAAGAGAAUUUGAAUUUAUUACCUUUUGAAAAAUAUAUAUUUUCUUUCAAAGAAAUUUUAAAAAAUUAUAAAAUAAAAAAUGUAGGAGAAAAAAAGUUUACUAAAACCAAACUCUUCUUAGGAUCAUAUAAGAAUGACAAUAAAAACACAUCUUUAUUUGCUCACAAGCUCAUUGAUUUGAAUAAUUUGAAGGAACUAAAUAAAUACAAAAUUCAGAAAUUAGAAAGUAAUGAUAUAAAGGAAACAGAAAACUCAUUUAUAGAAGAAAAAAAAUUGAUUUAUAAUGAUUUUAUGCAAGAAUUAAAAGAAUCAUUAAAUGAUAUAGAAAUUGGUAGAAUGAAUCCAUUAGUUACAUAUAAUAAAAUAAGUAGUUAUGUUAUAUAUAGCGUAAUAAUUGAUAAUGUUGAAGAAAUCAAUAAUAUUGAAGAGGUAUAUAAAAAUUUUCUUAAUUCAUACAAUGAACUAUUAAUACAAAAUUAUGUUAAUGAUGUUUACAUUAACAUAUAUACCAAAACAAAUGAAGAUAUAAAAACAGGACCAAAAUUAAAAUUAGAAAAAUUAUUGAAAUUACACGUUUUGUUUGAUAAUGAAAAAAACGUUAUUGAAGAAGUAGAUAAUUAUGAUUUCAAAAUUGAUUCUGUAUAUUUAAAAAGAAAAAGAGCAAGAGAUACUGACACAAUAUAUGCUUACGAUUUUAUUAAAUUAAUUAAUAUAUCCUUAAAUAGAAUGAAUAAAACUUUAAAUAGCAAUUUCAAUUAUAUUAAUAGCAUAAAAGAAUUUAAAUUAGAUUAUAUUUCGGAAAAAAAUCCAAAUGAAAUUUUUGAUGAAAAAAAGGAAAGUACAAAUGAUAAUUCAUUAUUUGAAAAUUACGAUAAUUUAAGUGAUUACGAAAUUAAAAUAAAAAAAUCAUUAUAUUUAUCGAACAAAUUAGAUUUAGGACAAAAUAAAAUGAGUGUAAUUGGUUUAUUAAUGAACAUAAAAACGGAUGAAUAUAGCAAAGGAAGAGAUGUAGUUUUUAUAAUAAAUGAUAUUACCACUUUUGGUGGAUCGUUUAGUAUUUUAGAAGAUGAGUUGUUCUAUGGAAUAUCCAGUUAUGCAAGGGAAAAAAAAAUUCCUCGUAUUUAUAUUUCAUGUAAUUCUGGUGCAAGAAUUGGUUUGUAUAAUUUUCUUAUGGAUAAAAUAAAAAUAAGCUGGAAAGAUGAAAAAAAGAAGGAAUUAGGUUAUAAUUAUAUAUAUAUAACUGAAGAUGUGAAAAAUAAAAUAGACAAAGAAGAUAUUGUAUUUUUAAGAGAAGUUAUAGAAAAUAAUGAAAAAAGGUAUAUUAUUGAUGGUAUUGUAGGAAAUUUGAAAAAUCCUGUUGGUGUAGAAAAUUUAAGGGGAAGCGGAUUAAUAGCAGGAGAAACUUCAAAAGCUUAUGAACAAAUUUUUACCUUAUCAUAUGUUACAGGUAGAAGUGUUGGUAUUGGUGCAUAUUUAGUAAGACUUGGUAAAAGGACUAUUCAGAAAAAAGGAUCUUCUCUUUUAUUAACAGGAUUUAAUGCAUUAAAUAAACUAUUAGGUGAAAAAGUUUAUGUUAGUAAUGAGCAAUUAGGAGGUGUAAACAUUAUGAUGAGAAAUGGAAUUUCACAAUUGGAAGCACAAAAUGAUCAAGAUGGAGUAGAUAAAAUUAUUAAAUGGUUAUCUUAUGUACCUAAAACAAGUAAUGAUUAUUAUGAUAUUAUUGAAAAAGAACAAGAAGAGCAUGAAAAGGAAAAAUAUGAAAACAAUCCAGAAUUUACAAAAACAUGUGACAGUUGUGUAAUUAAUGAGAACGUAGAAAGACAUAUAGAAAAAAAAGAUGUUAACAAUUUAGAUAAUAACUUAUCAAAUAACGUAGAAGAAAAUUCGGAAAAAAAUAAUAAAGGAAAUACUGAAUAUUUGAGACGUGAAAAUAAAAUAAAUAAUAAGUAUGUAGAGACAAUAGAUCAAGAGAAAAAUAUGAAAUUUUUUAUUAAGAAAAUAAAUGAUAUUGAUGCAGAUGAUAUAGAUAAUUUAAAUGUUAUUGAUUUAAUUAAAGGAACAGAUACAAAACAAGGAUUUUUAGAUAAAAAUAGCUAUUUUGAAUAUAUGAAUGAAUGGGGAAAAGGUAUCAUAACAGGACGAGGAAAAUUAGGUUCUAUACCUGUUGGUUUUAUUGCUGUUAAUAAAAAUUUAGUGACGAAAACUAUUCCAUGUGAUCCAGUUUUAAAAACAAAAUCAGUAAAAUCCCCUCAGGCACCAUGUGUUUUUUUUCCAGAUAAUUCAUAUAAAACUGCUCAAGCUAUUGAGGAUUUUAAUAAGGAAAAUUUGCCUUUAUUCGUUUUUGCCAAUUGGAGAGGUUUUUCUGGUGGCUCGAUGGAUAUGUUUAAUAGUAUUUUGAAGUUUGGGUCUAUGAUAGUUAAUCAACUAGUUAAUUACAAGCAUCCUGUUUUUGUUUAUAUACCAAUUUUUGGUGAAUUAAGGGGAGGUUCUUGGGUAGUUGUAGAUGAAACGUUGAAUAGUCAAAUUAUUGAAAUGUAUGCUGACACCACUAGCAAAGGUGGUAUAUUGGAACCACCUGGAAUUGUUGAAAUUAAAUUUAGAUUCCCAGAAAUUAGAAAAUUAAUGCAUAAUACCGAUUCUUCAAUAAUAGAAUUAAAUAAAAAAUUAUCAACUGCACAGGAUGAAGAAAUAUCUAAAAUAAAAAAGGAAAUAGAAGAAAAAGAAAAAGAACUUUUACCAUUUUAUUUGCAAGUAUGUCAUAGAUAUGCCGAUUUACACGAUGUAUCAACUUGCAUGAAAUCAAAAGGAGUAAUAAAAAAAAUCGUUCCAUGGAAAAAUGCUCGUUCCUUUUUUUAUUAUCGCUUAUUAAGAAGAUUACUAAUAAAAAUCUUAAAUAAAAAAUACAGUAACUCAUUAAUUAAAUCUGAUGAAAUAAAAAAGAUCAUAGAUGAUAUUAGUGGAUCUGAGGAAGAUGAUUAUGAAGCAUGUAAAAAAAUUUUAAACGAAAAAACUUUGAAAACAAUAAAGGAGUUAUCUAAUGAUAUAUUAUACAAAAAAACCUUAAAUGAUUUUUACAACACUUUUAAAAUUUUAUCUGAAGAACAAAAAAUACAACUUAUUAAUCAAAUUAGUUCAUAUAAGUAA